GUUUUCUAUGUACGCAAAUUAAGUUGUACACGAACACACGAAAUCGUACGAAACGUACAGGUCGACGGUCACGUUUUCCGUAAAACCGUAACGCGCGACGCGAAGGUUUUCGUCAAGUACUUAUGUACGUAACGCAAGUACGUCGUCAACGAUAUUCGAUCACUUGUUGAUCAACCGUAAUCCCGUCGUUCAAGUGCGGACCCACUCACGCAAACGGAGCUACACGGUCGGGACACGCGACGCUUACUUGUGGCCGGGCGACACCGGAGCACACGUUACUGCGGAACAAGUGGAUCGAACGGACCAUCUGUGGUGUGCGUCCCUUAGGCGGUGGCCGGGAUAACGACCGGAUUGACCGGAACGCUUUUCCGUAACGCGAGCACGACGAAACCCGUUGCAGUCCCUGCCGAGUGAAAGUACCUUGAGGAGUCCAUUGCAUCGCGCUCUCGCGAAACCCAAGCACGUUGUCCUGAACCAAACGACAUGGAACAGCUGAACUGGACCGUGGAAUGCGUAGCGUUCGUGAUCAUGAUCGGCCUGUCCGUGGUCGUCGGCCUGUACUACGGGUGCGUGCAGGGCAAACAGAACACCGUCAGCGAGUACCUGCUGGGCGGCAGGCACAUGGCCGUCCUACCGAUCACCAUGUCGCUGAUCACCAGUCAACUUUCUGGUAUCUCGUUACUAGGAAUUCCGUCUGAAGUAUACUCCUAUGGAACACAAUAUUUAAUUUUUACUAUAGAUUAUGUAAUAUGUAGUUACAUAAUAAUAUACAUAUAUUUGCCUGUAUUUUAUGAACUUCAAUCAGUAUCAGUUUUUGAGUACCUGGAACUUCGAUUUGAUUCAAAAAUCCGUGGAUUUUUGUCAAUUAUUUAUGCCAUUUCCGUCAUACUUCAUGUACCAGUAGUAAUUUACGUACCAGCAAUGGCAUUCAGUUAUGUUACAGGCUUGAAUCUAUACUAUUUUACCCUGAUAAUAUGUGGCAUAUGCAUAUUUUAUACAACAAUUGGUGGACUGAAAGCAGUUGUAUGGACGGACGCGAUUCAGAGUUUUUUUACUGCGGUUUCAAUAAUAAUUGUAAUAGUUUUGGGACUGAUUCGAAUCGGAGGGUUCAACAAUAUGAUUACAGCUAAUCAAGAAAGCGACCGAAUAGAAUUUUUCAGUUCUGUUCAACGGUUUGUGGCGUUGCCUACGUUCAAUGAAGCUCGAAAAUCGUUGAUAUUUUUUGCAUUUGGUAUGGGCGUGAUAAAAUUAUUUUCCGGCAUGACAGGACUAUUAAUAUAUGCUACGUACAAGGACUGCGAUCCCACUCUAGCUAAUUACAUUGACAAUGACAAACACAUUGUACCCUUUUACAUCGUAGAUGUCGCGUCGAAAAUCCCGGGAACAACAGGAUUGUUUAUUGCUGGUGUGGUCAGCGCCGCACUUAGCUCGAUGUCGGCACAACUCAACACUUUAUCCGGCACGAUUUACGAAGAUUUGAUAGUGAAAACGAUGAACGUAAAACCUUCCGAUUUGACGGCGAGUAUAAUAAUAAAGUUCACUGUCGUUGUAAUAGGAGUUAUAUGCACAUUCUUAGUAUACAUGAUUGAAAAAAUGAACGGAAUCAUUCAGGUAUCAAUAAGUUUGAAUAGCGUGACAAUCGGAGCAGUGAUAUCUGUAUUCACGUUGGGAAUAACCUUUCCAAGGGCCAAUUCUAGAGGAGUAAUGUAUGGUAUGCUUAGUAGCAUAGUGAUCAUGGUUUGGAUUGUAUCUGGUGCUCAGAUUGCUAUGUAUAAUGGUGAGCUAAAAUUUGUCAAGAAAAACGUUUCAAUAGCAGGAUGUCCGGAUAAUGUACAUUUUAGAAACCAUAGUGAAUUUUCAGGGUUAUACCGAAUGAACGCAGAUGUAUAUGUGAAUCCAAACGUUAACAAAAUAUUCACCCUUUCAUACAUGCAUUACAACACCAUAGGCACUAUUAUUGCUUUAGUAGUGGGAAUUGUCGUUAGUUUGAUGUUUCCAACAGAGCAAAAUAUAGAUCCGAAACUGUUGGCGCCCUGCAUUCGAAAAUGUAUGUACCUUAAGAACUCGACAAAGACUAAAUGCGAGGCCAAUAAAACCGAAGAAUAUCAACUAGUGUCUCAGAAUACUAAACUAUAGAAGUUACUCCAUGAGAAUAUAUCUUGAAAGUAUCUUUAAA